GAGAGAAAAGUACGUUCUUUACAUUUUUUUUUUUCUGUGUGAAUAUUCUAUGAAGAUAAAUACAACACUUGGCUUAUUGGCUAGUACAAUUCUUUUGUGGGUCCAGCAGACGAAUGCUGCCUCCUGUCAAGGAGAGCUCAAGGUGACCACUCAGCUAGACAUGGACAAGGCUCGUAGCUGUAAGACAUAUAAUGGAAAUAUCGUCGUGGACAACACUGGUGUUGGUUCACUCACUUUGCAUGGCGUGGAGCUCCUUGAAGGCGAUUUGAUUGUGACCAGCAACGAUGCUCUGCAGUCCUUCUCCAUGCCCAAAUUGCAAGGCGUUAAUGGUGAGCUAAAGUUUGCCAACAAUAAACUUUUAGGAUCGCUUGACAUGAGAGAGUUGUAUGCUGUUCGUUCGCUUGAAGUCAGUGUGCAUCCUGCGCUGAACGAGCUCAAGUUUCCCAAAGGCUUGACUGAGGCAGAAAAGAUCACGAUCACGGAUACGACUGUGACCAGAGUGGAUGGAUUGAAAAUGAACUCGGCCCAUGAUAUUUACAUUUCUAACAAUAUUUACUUGAAGACAUUUGCUUUAUCCAACGUGACCACUUUGAAUAACGUACUUAUCAGUGCCAACUCGCCUGCAUUACAAGUAGAUCUUUCUAAAAUACAAGGAAUGCGUGAAGCUACUUUCCGUAAUGUAGCCGGUUUGAAUCUUGAUGGUUUAGUUAAGGUUGCAGGCGAUAUGUCAUUCAUUUCCAACUCGUUUGAAACACUCGACUUGCCAUCUGUCACCGAGAUUUUAGGAACACUCACGCUCCAAGAUAACAUGCAGCUGAAUAAUCUUUCCAUGGCCAAAUUAUCCCACUUGGGAGGUGCUCUCUCUGUAAGCGGAAACACCAAGCUGGCCUCUAUUCAGGCCUUUGCUAACCUGCAACAAGUGGAUGGUACACUGGAUAUCAUUGGUGGAUUUGACGAAAUGCAAUUACCUGCUAUUAGUGAUAUACGUGGUGGAUUGAACGUUCAGACAUCCAGCAGUACCUUCUCCUGUGACGCGAUGAACAAGCUAAAGAAUGGGGUUAUCAAAGGCAAUACGUUUACUUGUAAAGCAGCUGUAGCUCAUCCAAAGUCGGGUAUUCGAGGUGGAAAGAAUGGUAAAGGAGGAUCGAGUGAUAGUGAUAACUUUGAAGGUGCUGCCUCAGUAAUUAGUGUUGGCUACUACUUGGCAGUCGGAGCUGUGUUGACUACCUUGUUCGUGGUUUAAGCCAAUAGAAAUAGAUCGGAGCCAAGCAAUUCUCUCUCUACUUUUCACAACUUUACAAUAAACAUCUUUUUCUCUUCUUUUGCUUUUUUUUGUACAUUUGUAUAUAAAG